AACACCACUGGACCUGUCCAGCAAAUUAUAGAAAUGGAAUUGUUAAAAUUAAUAUUCAGUAUAAUAUUUAUUACGGCUUCUUUGCCUGAAGAGAUGUUAAACGUUGAAGCAAUUAUUAAAUACCCCUUGACGCGUUAUGUAAAACCUAUAAAAUACAAGAUUCUGUUAAAAGUAGACAUUGAAAACAAUAGCUUCCGCGGUAUAUCGAAUGUCGUUAUUAAGAUUGUCCAACCAAAAACAACGAUAGCAUUGCACUCAGUAUAUUUGAAUAUAAUUCCAUCGAAAACGGUGGUUUUCAAUUCUCAUGAUCCUAAUAAGACCAAGCACGUUGUAACUAACAUUUUAUAUUUACGGGAAGAGGAAAUGGUUAAACUGUAUUUUAAACCGAAAUUAAGACCUGGUUUUCAUACUCUAAACAUGGAAUAUACCGGCAACAUGUCUGAUAACAUGGGUGGCUUCUUCAAGAUUCCAUAUACAAACAAGGACGAGAAAAAAUGGUUUGUCGCAACACCAACCUGGGUUACUGGAAUACGAAGAACGUUUCCAUGCUGGGAUGAGCCAGAUAUCAAAACUAUAUAUGAUAUUACUGUCAAACACCAAUCGAAUUACACGGUUUUUUCUAAUACGCUACAAUAUACAACUGACUCUUUCAAUGAUAGCAUCAAACAAAUACACUUUUUCGAUACUCCAGUAAUACCUGCUUAUCUCCUAAGUAUAGUGCUGUGCAAUUUAUCUAGUAUUAAUAUUCACUUGAAAGGCAGGCCAUUGCGAGCACAUGAUCUAAAUUUGGCGAGUCAUAUUAUUGAAAAAAGUACGAGUUAUUUUGAAACUCAGUGGACAUAUUGGAGUCAGGUAGAAGACCAUUUCGCGAUUCCAGGUUUUGUAGAUGACGGUAUAACAAAAUGGAGACUCGUAUUUUACAGAGAACAAGAUAUUAUUUAUGAUGAAGAAUUAGAUCAUAUUGGGCGCAAAAUGGAAAUAGCAUUUUUAAUCGGACGUAAAAUAGGACUCCAACGUUUAGCCAUCACCAAUCCAUCGUCGCCUUAUUUUUGGUUGAAUGAGGGUAUUGCGGUUCUGUAUGCAUUUGAUAGCAUUAAUGAGAUUUACCCAGAGUUGCGCAUAUGGGAUUUGUUUGUAGUCCAAAUUGUACAAGAAUCUCUCCAUUUGGACAACGAAGGAAUUAUGAAUCCUCUUAUAUUCGAAUACGAUUAUACCUCUGAUAUUAAUUCUCAGUUUUUCUUAUCCUCUUAUAUCAAAGCCCCUGCUAUAUUGCGCAUGUUACAACAUAUACUGCGCUAUAAUGUAUUUCGGAAAGGUAUCGAAAAAUAUAUAAAAUCCGAAUCAGCUACUCUGAAUGAUUUCUUGGAUGCCAUGCAAACAGUUCACAAUGAAGAACAAUCUAUGCUACCAUACAACAUAACGGAGAUAAUAUAUCCUUGGCUAAGUCAAAGCCAUUACCCUGUUUUAAGUGUAACAGAACAAUAUGAAAAACUACCGCCGUACGUUAAGAUAAAAAUAGAAAAUGGAUCAGGAACUUGGUGGAUACCUUUUACUACCAAUGUUACGUCAUCAAGUUUGGACUUUAAUACUUUAGAUAUUUCUGUAGAGCUAUGGAAAGACAAAGAUGAGAAAUCUGUUAUGCCUACUCAGAGGUUAGCCCCUGAUUAUUGGAUAAUAUUGAACGUGCAACAAAUUGGAUAUUAUCGUGUCAAAUAUGAUAUUAUUCAUGGAAACAUUUGGCAAAAUAUAGUUCGUUAUCUCAAUUCUGAAUACUAUACAAAUAUUCAUGUUCUAAAUCGUGCACAAAUAAUUGACGAUGUAGUUUAUUUUACCAUGACAGAUCAACUCAGUGCUUCUGUAUUUUGGACACUUACGAGUUACCUAUCGCAGGACACAGAUUAUAUAGCAUGGUAUCCCCUGAUUAAAGGUAUUGAACGCAUGUCUUACAUCAUUCCUUUUCCAAAAAAAGGAGACAUGUUCAAGGAUAUCUUAUACACACGAUUAGAACCAGUUCUUGAAAUAAUUGGAUACGAAGAAGAUCCACAGGAUAAUUAUCUAAUUAAAUGCUUAAGGCAAGAAAUUACAAAAUGGACAUGUGUUCUGAGUCGUUCUGAAAGUAAAUGCACUCAUAUGGCUUUGAAGAAAUUAGAAUGGCAUCUAUCAAGUCCAAUACAUAAUAAACUAUUGCCGGGGUGGAAAAAGUGGACAUUUUGUAAUGGUUUAAAAAUGGCUGGUUUUAGUGUUUUUGCAACAGUAUAUCUUAUGUGUGAAAAUGGAACUCUAUUUCAAAACGAUAGAAAAAAAUGUUUAGAAUUCCUGGCUUGUUCUCAAUUUUUUUAUAUCACUAUAACAGACAAUAAUAACAAAGACCGUUUUAAGGGAAUAAGACAAGAUACAUUUGAUGAUAUUAACUUUUUUCAUACCAUUGCUACGAACAAUCCGGAAUCUACUCCAUUACGAAAUACAUUCGUACUCGAUUAUAUAUUAAACAAUUGGAUGGAAGUAAAACCGAAAGAAAUUAGCACUGUAGCAGCAUUAAUUGAUAUUAUAAAUCAUGUAUACACUAAGGAAUCGCUUGAUAAGAUACUUGAAUUUGUGAACAAUCGCAUGUUAAAUGCUACUGGUAUAUUCGAUUCUGGAUACCUUUUCUCAAAAUUCAAUAAACAGUUCGGUGACUUCGAUGAACUAAUUGCGGAUAUUCAAAGCAAGAUUGGCACACGUUUGACAGAAAUUACGAAUUGGAAAAAUACUUUUGGUUUCCAUUUUCGCUGAAACAGUUCAGGCGAUUUAUCGAAAAACGCAUGACACGACAUUAUGUUAAAAUACGUGUAAAAGUGUAAAAUGAAGUUAAUAAUAUUUUUAACUUCGUUAUAAUAUUUAAGUAAAAUUAUUUCAUAUUACCUGAAUUUCGUUAUAUUAGGAAUUUACUGUUAAAUUGUAAUAUUAUUUUCUUUUUCUGUGUAGUCAUAUUGAAAAUUCCUUUAUACAAUUUAUCAUGUAGUGUAAUUUUUGCCUUGUUAAUAUUUGAUAAAAUAAAUUUGUUU